AUGUCAACUGUUAACAAUUGGUUAUUCAAGCCGCAAAAAGUUUUUUCCGCAAAUAAUGUUUACAUCGUAGCAGUCUCUGGUGGGCCUGACAGCAUGUUUUUAUUGGAUAAUAUGCGAGCUAGAGGCUAUAAAAUUGUUGUGGCUCAUGUCAAUUACCACAAAAGAGUUGACAGUUUGUCAACUGCCGUUCGUCAAGGGAAAAUUUGGAUUUUACGUCCGCUCUUGUCCUUCACUAAGGAACAAAUAAUUCAAUACUUAAUUGACCACAAAAUUGACUAUGCGGUUGAUAGCACUAAUCAACAGCCUAUUUAUCAACGAAACAUUUUACGUCCCUUUAUCGCAAACUUGAAAGAGGACGCUCGUCUGAGUUUGCUCGAAGAAAUAACCGAAAAAAAUCGCGAAUUAAAAAAAACAAAAUCGUUAGUCAAAAAACAAAAGAAAUUUUUUAUUCUUUCGCCUACUGGUGGAUUGCUUCAUAAUCAAAAAAAAAAACUCUUGACUGAGGUUUAUAAGCAACUCUUUUUGAGUCCAAAGAAAAGUCUAGUUAUUAAUUUGGGAGCCGAUUUUGUGUUGAGCCGCAUUGGCAACUAUGAUUCAACUAUUUACCGAAAAUUAUCCUCUAUCGUUAAUGAAAAAGAUAUUGGGGCCAAACUCGUGGUUACUAACCGGGGAAUGAUCAAAGACGAAGAGCAAGCACAGGCUACUUACUCAGCCUACGAUUUUGAUUAUAUUCCGGAUGCUAUUGUGGUCGAAAAUCUGGAACAAAUAAACACUUUAAUUAAGGAAUGCAAUUGUCAAAAAGAAAAAGAGACGAAAGAUAAACAAGUAUCUAAUCGCAUGACUAAGGGCGAUAUUGCUAAGUUUAAUUGGGAAUUAAUAAACAAGGAAUUAGUAAUAAUCGAUGCUUUUAGUUUAUCAGCGGAGAUAAAUGCUUCACUAAGUGCUUUUACGGGCACACUAGAUAAAAAAAAAUUUAAGAGCGAAGAAGAGAGGCAAAAAAAGAAAAAAGAAAAGCAAAUUGAACUUCUAGUUGGGGUUUGUAAUGAUUAUCUAAACAAGGUUAUUAAGGGGGAUGAAGCCUCCGAGAAAAAAAAAGCCGAGGAGGAGUUAGAAGGAUUAAAAAAAUUAAAAAAAGAUGAAAAAUUAGCGAGAGCGAUUAGUUUAUUAGUUGUGGCAAGAACAGAGUUGUCUUUUGAUAUAGCCCGAGAAGAAUUUGAAAGUAAUUACGGUGAACAUGAAAAUGAAGAAUUAAAAGGAUUAAUUGAAUUGGUAAAAGAAUGUUGUCAAAAAAAAACAAAAACAUUUAAAGAUGGGGGUGCCAAUUACGAAGCCCUAGAAACCACCGAGGAAAAAAUUGAACUUUUAGAAACUUUAAUUUUUAAUCAAAAAAUUUUUCAAGAUUUUGGUAAACAAGAAUGUGGUGAUAAGGAAAAAGACCUAAUAAAGAUUGCUUUUAAUAAGGCUUACUGCGAAAGAGCAAAUGAAAUAGAUAAUUCGAUUGAAAAACUAGAAGAGGCCUUAAAAGGAUUAAAGCCGG